GCCAUGUGCAAAGGCAACCUACCAUUCCUACAAAAUCAAAUCAAUUUCUUCUCCUAAUAAUAAUUCUCUUAACCGUCCGCCAUAAUGCCUUGAUAACCUAGUUGAAAAUAUAUCAACUACCAGUCUUACCCACUUCAACUAUCUUUCUUCUACAUCUUUCUCUCUCUUUCUUCUUUUUUUUUUUUUCCUUCUCUUUAAUCUUUAUAAUUUUAUUAUUGUGAAAAUUAUAAGAAAUGGAUUAAAUUUAAGAUGCCAAUCUUGAGAUGAUUCUCUUCAUCUAUUGUUAAAGGACAAUCCUUGGACUGUGACAUCAAUACGAGGCAAAACACAAGAAGUUAUGUUGGACUGUUCUAUUAAGGAUUAUGGCUUGUGCUUCUUGCUUCGUCUAUUAUUUCAUGAUCCGAUUGGUUGCAUAUUUUGCAGUUUUAGCGUUGUUGGUAAUAGUAACUGUUGCAGUCCUUAAGUUUCUUGGAGAAUGGACUAGAGAUACAGAAGAAGGUGAAAGUAACCCUUUGAUGUCCCAGUGUGACAACAAUAAGAUAGUAACAAGAAGCUAUGGAACGUACGAGCACAAUCUGGAGUCCCAAAGUUGCAGCAAUGAUAACAUUAGUAGCAACUCUAGCAAAUGUUCCGCAUUAUAUGAUGCAAAUAUAUGCAUAAUUUGCUACGACGCGCAGAGAAAUUGUUUCUUUGUGCCUUGUGGUCAUUGUGCUACUUGUUUUGCGUGUGCUCAAAGGAUAUUUUAUGAAGAGAAUAGGCAUUGUCCUGUAUGCCGAAGAUUCAUUGGAAAAAUUAGAAGAUUGAUAAGUUUUUAUGAUAAUUGACGAUAUGAUUGGUGUUCAAUUCAUUUUCAAGGUGUACACAUCAAAACCUAUCGUUAUUUUCAAAGAAUUGUGUAUAUCCCUACAAAAUAA